AUGAGGAAAGAGAAUUUUGACUCUAAACACCACCACGUAAAAGUUCCACAGGAUAACUUAAUGGAAAACAAUUUGGAAACGGAGGCAAUCUGUGCAGUUUGCCUGGACUUUUACUCUGAUCCGGUUUAUCUCUCCUGCGCCCACAUCCUUUGCUUUGAUUGCGGUAAAAAAUGGAUGGCAAAGAAAGGAGACUUGACCUGUCCCGUGUGUCGAAAAGAACAGAAGAGACCUAUCAAGUAUGACAGGGUAAUGAAAGGACUGGCCAUCCUUUUGAAGCAGCAUGGCCCCUUACUGAAGCAACAUAAAGGGCAGAUCACUGGACUUCUGAGAUUGGUAUCAGAGAAUACUGCUCUGGCAGCUAAGACGGGUGACUCCUCCCUGGGACCCUCUAAUGAUUUAAAGGGUGGGGAGCCUGGUCAUAAUUUGGCGGAAGAUCCCAGAAGAUUCAUUUCUUCAUCCCAUGUCAUGGACAACUCCUAUUUUUCUUCAGUCUGCCAGUGGGAAGUUGAUGUGGAGAAAAGGAAGGACUGGGCUCCAGGUAUUUGCAAGGAACCAGGCAGCAGGAGGAACAUCUAUUUACGCCAUGAACAUGAGUUCCAGUUGCUUGGUGAGAAGACGCGAGGAAUCAGAGUUAAUUUUAUCUCAGAAAGACACCAUAGAAGCCCUGGCCUUUGCCACGCAGGGAUUUUCCUAGCCCUGACUAUGGAAGAAACCAAGUUUGUGAUGGGAAAAGCAAUGACUUCACCUAUGACCAUCAUUAUCUGCUUUUUGGAGCUCAUUCCUUUGUUCUAA